AUGCGCUGCAACGGUGUGCGCGUGCCUGGCCCAUGCGGCGUGGAAGUCCGCGUACGUGUCGCGGUGUUGGUACGCUUCAGUGGUGUUGUCACAGUUGACGUUGUUGUAGCGCCCGUCGCUGCCUUUGGCCGCUUUGCCGCUGGUGGACGUGCUGUGAGUGGAGACGCCAUCUUGGACUUGUGCCCAGUCCCGGCACGUGAUGACACUGGUGGCGCACGGGCACUAAGCGGGGCGCCACUGCUGGUGUGUUUGUCCGUCAGCGACGUGCGUAUCGUCGGUUUCCUCGCGAAACGCGGGCUCGUAGUGCCCAUGUCUCGGCGGUUUGCUCGGUUCUCAGUUGUGAGGCCCCGCGCCGUUCGCGCCGUCGUAUGGUGUGUAGUGCCACGCCCUCCACUCAUUGAAUUUGCAACACCGCUGCUACCAACAGAGGUGAGUGCUGCGGGACGAGGGGUUGUGUGCCCUAUGGGGAUGGCUGGCCGCGUGAUAUGUCCCCGUGAGGUGUUCAGUCGGGCGCUGCGAUCACUACUGCUGUCAAUCAUUCCCCUCGGCCGCCUCAUGAGGAGUGAUGAAUUAGAGCACAUGCUGCCGUUUUUGUUGGCACCUCUAGUUGCCAUGGCACGGCUACUGCUGGUCGCAAUGGUGCGUCGCUGCGACACAGAAUUAUUGGCGGGUGUAAUGCGUAGUUGUGGAGGGGGAUUGCAGAAGGUCUUCCUGGUUACGGAUUCCGGAGACGCGGCGAACACCUUUCCUGCCGCGUUCCGUGGAGUAGUGGGAUUAGGCGAGGAGGCCCACGUUGACCCGCGGCCGCCCCCACGAGCUCCCAAUUCCACAACAUCAAUUACUAUGUUCCUCGCCUCGCCAACAGAUGUACUGCGGCGCUCCGGCACCACGUGCCGCUCCACGGCGUACUGUUGUUGUUGCUGCUGUAGCUGCAGUACAGGCUCCUGCUCAUCUAAGAAUUGCGAGAAGGACGGGAAGCGUGGCGCCGGGCUAUCCGAGCGCGGCGCAGAUACACUAGGUGCUGGCGACAGCUGGGUGUCGCUCAGGCGCGGUAACUCGGUUCGAAGCACAUCGCAAUUCCCCGCGUCACUCCGCAGGAAUUUGUUUGCAAUAUUCUCCUCUGUCGCGUGGUCUUGGGAUAUCAACAAAGCAUAA